AUGUCCGUGUUGCGUGUCAUGUCCCCUCUAACGAUUUGGGCCCCAAGGCUCCUUUUUAUGUCUUUAGAAUUGUGGCUUUUGGUCCAGGGUUUUCCCAUUCCGAGGAAGGCCCAGGACUCGGUCCAGCUGACCUCCAAAGUGCGGGGGCCAAUGGAGCCCUGGUCCUCACACUCCUUGGACCUCCUUCCCGACUCGCCCCAGAUGCUCACACCCCGGGCAGACCGGGGGGACUUUGAUUAUCUGGGGGCAUCUGCUGCCUCGCAGGUGCUCGCCCCACCUCAUUUAUUGACUGACAGUUUGCUUCCGUUCCUGGAUCGGGAUUCUACUAGGCAGCCAUCUCCAGAGCCAGAUCCAUUUGCUGUUGCACAGCAGGAGCUGAAUGACAAGCUAAAUCUGCCUGAGAGACCCCCAGAAGCGGUGCCGAUGCCCAAUGGAGACCAGAAUCAGGCCCCAGCUCUGCCUCCUCUACUCAAAAGUAAGACUCAGACUGUCAGUGUUGAUCAAGCUUCGGAUGGCCAAGCAUUUGAUAUUCUUGUUCCACCUCUUGAUCGUCAGAUUUCAAAACUAGCAAAGUUUAUUGUUUCACGCUGGAAACUGAAGAAGGAUGCUGCUCGACAUCAGGGACUUGAUGAGACUGUGGCUGGAACUCCAUACCAAUUUGCAAACCUUAAGCUUCAGACACAACCCUUGCAGGAUGACUACAUAGAUCCAGGAAUGAGCACAGCUGAUUCUGACAGCCCUCCUCUAAAACUCCAGGAGAGCACAGAUGAGCCUCCAGAACCCCUUGAACAAGUUGAACCUUCUUCAGUCCAGCAAGAAGCCCCAGUUCAACAAUUUAGUAGUGAGGAGGUAGAGCAAUCAGUACACCACAAGGUAAAUGCUCCAUCUCCAAAUGUGAAUGAAGCUCAGCCUUCAAACGUGCCAAAAGUCACCAUGAAACAUGUUGAUCUGGAGGUUACACUAACUACAGGGCCUUCUCCAAGCCACCAGCAGGCCUCAGAGAAUACUAAGGACAUAACACCCUUAUCCACCCAACAAGUGGCUCCAGCUCAGACUUCAGAGCUCCCUGAAGACACCGAACCUUCUGGAGGCCAGAUGGAAGCCCCAGUUCAGCCUACAGAGCGUCCUGAAGAAGUCAAACCUCCUGUUGAUCAAGAGGCUACCACUGAAGCUCCAGAGUCCCCUAUGGAGAGUACAGCUCCAAGUCAGGAGGUGACAGUUCAACCUCCAGCUCAGGAUCAACCUGAAGAGAAUAUCUUGCCCAGUGUUACGGGUAAGCCCGUGGAUGUGGAAAUCACCACAACUUCAGAGCCUACCAAGGAGGCUACAUCUUCUCUAGCCCAGGCAGAGGCCCCAGAUCAGCCUUCUGAAUCCCUUGGGGAGGCUGAAACUUCAGGAACCCAUCUGCAGUCCCCAGUUCAGCCUCCAGAGUAUGGUGAGGAGCUUCAACCUUCUCCAACCCAGAAAGUGGUCCUACCUCAGCCUUCAGGCCCUCUUUCAGAGACUGAAACUUCUCUCAUUGAGCAAGAACAGCCAGCUCAACCUUCUGAGCCUCCUGAGGAAUCAGAACCUUCUGGAAGCCUGGCAGAAGCUCCAGUUCAGCCUGCAAAGCCAUCUGAGGAAGUCAAGCCUUCAGUUGAGCAAGAGGCUGCAGUUCCACCUCCAGCUCAGAAUCAAGCUGAAGAGAGUAUCUUGCCCAGUGUUACGGGUAAGCCUGUGGAUGUGGAAAUCACCACAACUUCAGAGCCUACCAAGGAGGCUACAUCUUCUCUAGCCCAGGCAGAGGCCCCAGCUCAGCCUUCUGAAUCACUUGGGGAGGCUGAAACUUUAGGAACCCAUCUGCAGUCCCCAGUUCAGCCUCCAGAGUAUGGUGAGGAGCUUCAACCUUCUCCAACCCAGAAAGUGGUCCCACCUCAGCCUUCAGGCCCUCUUUCAGAGACUGAAACUUCUCUCAGUGAGCAAGAACAGCCAGCUCAACCUUCUGAGCCUCCUAAGGAAUUGGAACCUUCUGGAAGCCUGGCAGAAGCUCCAAUUCAGCCUGCAAAGCCAUCUGAGGAAGUCAAGCCUUCAGUUGAGCAAGAGGCUCCAGUUCCACCUCCAGCUCAGAAUCAAGCUGAAGAGAGUAUCUUGCCCAGUGUUACGGGUAAGCCUGUGGAUGUGGAAAUCACCACAACUUCAGAGCCUACCAAGGAGGCUACAUCUUCUCUAGCCCAGGCAGAGGCCCCAGCUCAGCCUUCUGAAUCCCCUGGGGAGGCUGAAACUUCUGAAACCCAGGUGCAGUCCCCAAUUCAGCCUCCACAGUAUGGUGAGGAGCUUCAACCUUUUCCAACCCAGCAAGUGGUCCCACCUCAGCCUUCAGGCCCUCUUUCAGAGACUGAAACUUCUCUCAGUGAGCAAGAACAGCCAGCUCAACCUUCUGAGCCUCCUAAGGAAUUGGAACCUUCUGGAAGCCUGGCAGAAGCUCCAAUUCAGCCUGCAAAGCCAUCUGAGGAAGUCAAGCCUUCAGUUGAGCAAGAGGCUCCAGUUCCACCUCCAGCUCAGAAUCAAGCUGAAGAGAGUAUCUUGCCCAGUGUUACGGGUAAGCCUGUGGAUGUGGAAAUCACCACAACUUCAGAGCCUACCAAGGAGGCUACAUCUUCUCUAGCCCAGGCAGAGGCCCCAGCUCAGCCUUCUGAAUCCCCUGGGGAGGCUGAAACUUCUGAAACCCAGGUGCAGUCCCCAAUUCAGCCUCCACAGUAUGGUGAGGAGCUUCAACCUUUUCCAACCCAGCAAGUGGUCCCACCUCAGCCUUCAGGCCCUCUUUCAGAGACUGAAACUUCUCUCAGUGAGCAAGAACAGCCAGCUCAACCUUCUGAGCCUCCUAAGGAAUUGGAACCUUCUGGAAGCCUGGCAGAAGCUCCAAUUCAGCCUGCAAAGCCAUCUGAGGAAGUCAAGCCUUCAGUUGAGCAAGAGGCUGCAGUUCCACCUCCAGCUCAGAAUCAAGCUGAAGAGAGUAUCUUGCCCAGUGUUACGAAAGUGGUCCCACCUCAGCCUUCAGGCCCUCUUUCAGAGACUGAAACUUCUCUCAGUGAGCAAGAACAGCCAGCUCAACCUUCUGAGCCUCCUAAGGAAUUGGAACCUUCUGGAAGCCUGGCAGAAGCUCCAAUUCAGCCUGCAAAGCCAUCUGAGGAAGUCAAGCCUUCAGUUGAGCAAGAGGCUGCAGUUCCACCUCCAGCUCAGAAUCAAGCUGAAGAGAGUAUCUUGCCCAGUGUUACGGAAAGUGGUCCCACCUCAGCCUUCAGGCCUCUUUCAGAGACUGAAACUUCUCUCAGUGAGCAAGAACAGCCAGCUCAACCUUCUGAGCCUCCUAAGGAAUUGGAACCUUCUGGAAGCCUGGCAGAAGCUCCAAUUCAGCCUGCAAAGCCAUCUGAGGAAGUCAAGCCUUCAGUUGAGCAAGAGGCUGCAGUUCCACCUCCAGCUCAGAAUCAAGCUGAAGAGAGUAUCUUGCCCAGUGUUACGGGUAAGCCUGUGGAUGUGGAAAUCACCACAACUUCAGAGCCUACCAAGGAGGCUACAUCUUCUCUAGCCCAGGCAGAGGCCCCAGCUCAGCCUUCUGAAUCACUUGGGGAGGCUGAAACUUCAGGAACCCAUCUGCAGUCCCCAGUUCAGCCUCCAGAGUAUGGUGAGGAGCUUCAACCUUCUCCAACCCAGAAAGUGGUCCCACCUCAGCCUUCAGGCCCUCUUUCAGAGACUGAAACUUCUCUCAGUGAGCAAGAACAGCCAGCUCAACCUUCUGAGCCUCCUAAGGAAUUGGAACCUUCUGGAAGCCUGGCAGAAGCUCCAAUUCAGCCUGCAAAGCCAUCUGAGGAAGUCAAGCCUUCAGUUGAGCAAGAGGCUGCAGUUCCACCUCCAGCUCAGAAUCAAGCUGAAGAGAGUAUCUUGCCCAGUGUUACGGGUAAGCCUGUGGAUGUGGAAAUCACCACAACUUCAGAGCCUACCAAGGAGGCUACAUCUUCUCUAGCCCAGGCAGAGGCCCCAGCUCAGCCUUCUGAAUCACUUGGGGAGGCUGAAACUUCAGGAACCCAUCUGCAGUCCCCAGUUCAGCCUCCAGAGUAUGGUGAGGAGCUUCAACCUUCUCCAACCCAGAAAGUGGUCCCACCUCAGCCUUCAGGCCCUCUUUCAGAGACUGAAACUUCUCUCAGUGAGCAAGAACAGCCAGCUCAACCUUCUGAGCCUCCUAAGGAAUUGGAACCUUCUGGAAGCCUGGCAGAAGCUCCAAUUCAGCCUGCAAAGCCAUCUGAGGAAGUCAAGCCUUCAGUUGAGCAAGAGGCUCCAGUUCCACCUCCAGCUCAGGAUCAAGGUCAACAGGAUACCUCGCCCAGUGUUACGGGUAAGCCUGUGGAUGUGGAAAUCACCAUAACUCCAGAGCCUACCCAGGAGGCUGCAUCUUCUCCAACUCAGCCUUCAGAGUUUGCUGAAGGGGCAGAACCUUCUCCCAGUGAGAAGGAACAAGCAGUUGAGCCGUCUGUGUCUCCUGGGGAGGCUCAGCCUUCUGGAAUUCACAUGACUGCUCCAGCCCAGGCCUCAGAGAGUGCUGAGGAGUCUGAACCUCCUCCACCCCAGCAGGAACAACAGGCUCAGUCCUCAGUGUCCUCCGAACAGUCUGAAGCUUUGAUAACCCAGCAUGAGACUACAACUCAGAAGCCAGAACCCUGGGAGAAGGAUGAACUUUCUCCAAUCAAUCAAGGGGCUACAGCUCAGCCAGAAGAGCUUCCUGAGGAACCUUCUCCAAGCCAGCAGGAGAGCUCAGUUCCUCCUGUAAUGCCCUCUGUGAAUACUGAACUUUCACCAAUUCAGCCACAACUCCCAACUCAGUCUCCAGAAUCCUCUGAGAUUAGUGAUCUUCCUCCAUUGGGAGAUAGCAUAUCAUUUUCACCUCAAGAUCUAGAAAUAAUGUUUAGAAAGCAGCAUCCAAAUUUGCAAGAAACCACAGAUAAACAUGUGGAUAUGGAGAUUACCAUGACUCCACAGACCACUGUGGAGUUUGAACCCAUUCCAGUCCAGCAGGACACUCAAAACUUUACAGAUGCCACUAAGCAACUUGAACUUUUUCUGACCCAGUCUGGUUCCCCUUCCCAGACUCCACAAUUCCCUGAAAAUGUUGACUCUUCACCAGUCCAGCCAGAGCCCACAGCUCAGCCUUCUCCAGCUCAAUCAGAGCCCAUAGCUCAACCUUUUCCAGCCCAGCCAGAGCCCAUUAUUCUGCCUUCUCCAGCCCAGCCAGAGCCCACAGCUCAACCUCCAGCCCAGCCAGAGCCCACAGCUCAACCUUUUCCAGCCCAGCCAGAGCCCAUUAUUCUGCCUUCUCCAGCCCAGCCAGAGCCCACAGCUCAACCUUCUCCAGCCCAGCCAGAGCCCACAGCUCAGCCUUCUCCAGCCCAAUCAGAGCCCAUAGCUCAACCUUUUCCAGCCCAGCCAGAGCCCAUUAUUCUGCCUUCUCCAGCCCAGCCAGAGCCCACAGCUCAGCCUUCUCCAGCCCAGCCACAGCCCAUGGCUCUGCCUUCUCCAUCCCUGCCAGAAUCCACAACUCAGCUUUCUCCAGCCCAGCCAGAGUCCAUAGUUCUGCCUUCUCCAACCCAGCUGUUGUCCACGGCUCAGCCUUUUCCAGCCCAGCCAGAGCCCACGGCUCAAGCUCCAGUGCAUUAUGAGAUGACAGUUCCAAUACUAGGUCAGGAUGAAGCUCAGUAUUCAAUGUCCAGAGUCACAAUUCAACCUUUGGAUCUGGAGCUCCCCAUAACCUCCAAACCCACUACAAAGGUUAAAAAUUCUCCACCUGUGAAGAAGACUAGAACUCCUCCUCCAAAGCCCCCUCAAGUGACACUUCCACAUCCAGUCCAGAUUCAGGAUCAGCAUCCAAGUCUGACUGAAGGCACAAUUCAACCUGUGGAUCUCCAAUUUAGCAUAACUGUACAACCUAUUACUGAAGAUGAGCUUUCUCCAGCCAUGCAAGAGACCCCAGUUCAGCUUACAGAGCCCCCUAUGGAGGUUGUACCUCAAUCCCCAGUACAACAGGAGAUGACAAUUUCAGUACCAGGCCAGGAUGAAGUUCAGUACCCAACAUCACCCAGUGUCACAUUUCAACCUUUGGACUUGGAAUUAACCAUAACUACAGAAACCACUACAGGACCUGACCUUUCUCCCAUCGUGCAGGAGACACCAACUCAGCCUCCAGAGCCACCUAGAGAAGAUGUUGAAGUUCAACCCCCAGUAUAUCAGGAGGUAACAGCUCCAACCCCAGAUCAGGAUCAAGUUCAGCAUCCAAUACCACACAGCACCUCAUUUGAAACUUUGGGCCUGGAACUUACCGUAAAUCCAGAACCCACUACAGGGGCUAACCUUACUACAGCCCCAGCAAAGCCUACAGCAACCCUAAAGCAUCCUGACCAGAAUCAGGCUCAGCAUCCAAAUCUGUCCCAAGUCACAGUUCGACCUUUUGAUGUAGAACUUACCCCAACUCCAGAACCCAGUAUGGAGGCUGAAUAUUCUACCAUUGUGAAGACGACAACAGCUCCUCCUCCAAAGCACCCUGAGGUGACACUUCCACAUCCAGUCCAGAAUCAGGCUCAGCAUCCCAACCUGAAUGAAGUCACAGUUCAACCUUUAGCUCUAGGAGUUGCCUUAACUUCAGAGUCCAAACAGUCUACUACUCUGAAGAAGACAACAGCUCCUCCCCCAAAGGUGGAGGUGACACUUCCACAAGUCACGGUUAAGACUUUAAAGCUGGAGAUUACCAAAUCUUCACAACCUACCACAGAGGUUAAACGUUCAUCUAUGCAGGAAACCUCAACUCAGCCUCCAAAGCCAGCUGCAGAGACUAAAAUUCAGCCUUCAACAUCAGGUCAAGAUCAGGCUCAGCAUCCAACGUUGGCAGUUACAGAGGCAAAUAACACCACAACUCCUCCUCCACAGCACCCUGAGGUGACACCUCCACAUUCAGAACAGCUUCAGUCUGGUCUGGAACGUACCACUAUUGCACAUUCUGUAAAUCCCACCACAGAAAGUGCGCUAACUGUGCAAACGGAACCGAAUGCCACCCCGUACACCAACAUAUGUGAGCUCUGUACCUGUCGAGAUGAGUCACUGUUGUGUGUUGGUCUCAGCCCAACGCAGAAGCUCCGCCGAGUGCCUGUGCCGAAGCCCAACACCUACAAGAAGGUCCUCACCACCCUAAAUUUCCAUGGAAAUGAUAUUGAUUACAUUGAUAACAAUGCAUGGAAAGCAUAUCGUUGGACUGAGAAAUUAAUUCUCAGUGAAAAUCGCCUAACUGAAUUACGUAAGGAUUCAUUUGAAGGCCUGCUGUCCCUCGAGUAUUUAGAUUUAUCCUGCAAUAAGAUACAGUAUAUUGAAAGAGGGACAUUUGAGUCACUACCUUUUUUGAAGUUUGUAAACCUUGGUUGCAAUUUAAUUGCAGAAUUGAACUUUGGAACAUUCCAGGCAUGGCAUGGAAUGCAGUUUUUACACCAAGUAAUUCUCAGUCGUAAUCCUCUGACAACUGUCGAAGAUUCACAUCUUUUUAAAUUGCCAGCAUUAAAAUAUCUGGACCUGGGAAAAACACAAGUGCGACUUGCAACACUUGAGAACAUCCUCCUGAUGACUCUUAAGUUGGAAAAGCUGAUCUUACCUAGGCAUAUGACCUGCUGCCUCUGCCAAUUUAAAUAUAUUGAAAUUGUCUGCAAGACAGUCAAGCUGCAUUGUGACAAUGAAUGUCUGACAAACACCAUACAUUGUUUUGAAGAAGCAUCUAUAGGGAACACAGAAGGAAAAUUCAUGAAGGUGUUACAGACCCGGAAGAAGAGGACAAGCACCGAGCUGAUUAUUGAACCAGAAAGUGAAUAUGAGGACCAAAAUGGUGUCAGCUUUUCUGGCUUCAUAAAUGAGCAGCCAGACUUUAAUGAUGAAAGUGAUCUCAAUAGUGCACUAAAUUACAUAUUGCCAUUUUUCUCACAGGGCAAUCUAGAAGAUGUAAAAUCAAAAUUGUUACCAUUCAUUAAACUGCUUUUUUCCAAUGGGCAAAAUGGAAAUAAUUCCCCUGGUAAUUUAAAAAAUGAUAUAAAGAGACCCACUCUUAAACCUUCUUCAAACAACUCAGCUUACAAAAAUAAACUGAACAAGCUCUAUUUUCUGGAAAAUUUGUUAGAUGCAGAAAUUCAGGAAAAAAUUGAUGAGGUUAAAAAGAAAGAAAAAACAGCCAUGUUUAUGCAGCCCAGCCUUUUAGGUCCCAAAUCUAAACGCCAAAUCUUUCAAAGGAAAAUGGACACUGCCCAACCACAAGAAAACAGCCUGGCAGAGUCUGUGGAGAAAAGGCUGCAGAGGGUGAACAGAGUCCUCAAGGGGCCAAAAGGCAAACAGAAAAGGCCCUUCAAGGAAGUGAGGAAACAGAGCACCUGGGAGAAGCAGAGUGCCCCCCCUCUUGUGGAGGCUAUUGCUGCAGAAAGAAGGGAUAAGAGACCACCCCUAAGGGAGCUGGAGCAGCUUCACAUGGUACAGGAGCCCAGGAUAUCAGAGGAGUUCACCUUCCAAACAGAGCCCUCACUCACAAAAGAACAGAAGGCAACUGUCUCUUCUUUCCUAAGUCCAUACUCGGUGGACAGGGCUUUCAUGCCCACCAUUGCAAAACCACUACCUAGGGUCAGAAAUAAAGCAGAAGACUUCACCUACACCAUGUUUGUUUUAGAAGAGGCAAGUGCUAGAGUUAGAAACAUGGAGGCUUCUAAACCAAUCACAUAUGAUCAAAAAAAUUACCAUCAAACAGGCUCUCAUGUGGUCCAUAGAAUACCCAAGUUCAGAAAGAAAAAGUCACGCUCGAACAUGCUGCUUGCACAUGGCCCUCAAUUCUCUGCAGUGAGGAGCCUCAUAAAUUUCCCUUCACGAAGGUCCUUUUCAUCUUUGCAAGACCUGAGUUCUCAGAACAACCCUUUUUCAGAUGUAUAUGCUCUUGCAGAACCCGUUACAGAGGACAGUCCUAUGCAAAAACAGACUGAAGGAAGUGCUUUUGAAGGAAAUGCUCUUGUGGCAAACACUGAUGAGCCAGAAGAAACUCUCUCUGAUGCCACAAACCAGGAAGAUGCUGCUGAUGCAGAUUCCAGUGUGGGUGCAUUUGAUGAAAUACCAACUGUGAAACAAACCAGUGAGAUACAAUGGGAAUACCCCAGCAUGGGCACUGACUCCCCCACCAAGCCCAAAAAUCUCCUUAGCACAUUGCUACCCCCGAUUGACCAUCUCGAAUCAAAGCUAAUCCAGCAGCUUCAGUUCCUCAUCCCCAACUAUAAUGUGAAAACACUUCUUUCUCGCAUGAUACAGAACAUGAGAAUUGACUGCUCUGAAGCCGAAUUUUCAAGGGCCUGUUCUAAGCUCAUGCUCAGAACAGGCUACCUGAUGAAGAUUCUUAGUAAGCAGCAAGAACCCAGUGUGUCCAGAACUGACUGGGAUAUGGACCAGCGGAAAACAGAGGACUACAUCAGUGACAACAAAGAAGUUCAGAGUGAAAAGAAGGGGCAGGAAUCAAGUGAGCUUACAGAAGAAGUUCCAGGAUAUGGUUAUAAGAACAAACUCAUCUUGGCAGUAUCUAUGACCAUAGUAGUGAUGAUUUCAAUUAUAAUUUUCUGUGUCAUUGAGAUUUAUUCCCACAGAAUAGCAACAGAGGAUGAUAGAGAAGGCUCCUCAAGAGGCCUUUUCGGAUUUCUGCGCAGGAGAUGCCCAAAGAAAAGUGAGAAUCAGGAGAGCUUUGUCUGGUUAAGGUGGCCACUUUGGCUUAGGAAUAUGUACAUAUCUCUCAAUGCCACACGCAAGAAAAAUAUGGCCCAGAAGCUACAUGACAAGGACUCUUCUGAUAAGGAUGAGAUUUUCAAUAAAGAUGCAGGGGAGCUCAGGGAAGUCAUCGUACACACUUCUGGAACGUCAAAGAAAAAAGGCUUGAAUUAUUCUCCCAGGGAGCUCAGCAAAGUCGUCUUAACAAAUGAGAAGAGGGAACUGGUUGAGGUGCUCUCCACUCAGCCCGUACAGUGAUGCCCAUCCCGCCUCAGAAACUGGCAAAUUUUUGUUUUCCCAUAUAGCACUGCUUACUAUUCUCAUUAAAAUGUGUAAAAUUUCUAACCAAUUGUAUCCAUGUAGUAAGCAAUUAAAACCUAAAGAGUUAAAUAAUGUAUGUGCAAAUAACAAGGACACAGGCAGGAAAAGCAGAAUUGAUGCUGGGCUCCUUUGUGGCAGUCAUGCUUCUGAAAGAAGCAGUGUAGGCAGAGAAGAGAGCUUCCUGCCUUAGCUCCCCCAGUGUGAUCAUCCUCUGGGAAUCAGAAAACACAUCUUCAAUGGGUGCAGAUUUUUAAGUCAAAUCCCAGUUGUUCUCUUGCCAUUUCCUCUGGUUCAUCAAGAACCAGUCAUUUCCAAGGUGUUUGACCUCCUGCCCCCAGGGGACCAUACACCUUGUAGAACUUCUCACUUGGUGUUGGGGUCACUAGAAUAUCUAGAUCAGUGAGCCUACUUCACUGUGAGUUCAGGGCUUGUCUUUUUUUCCCAUGCCUCAAACUAUUACAUGAGUAUGUGUCCUGUCUUGGAAGGGUUCUCCACUUUGACAGGUGGAUAGAAAAUUGACAUUAGUUUGUUUUUCUUUUAAAAAUCUUGACCCUGCCAGUCACCAGUACAGGCUCACUCCUGUAAUCCUAGCUACUCAGGAGGCAGAGAUCAGGAGGAUCUCAGUUUGAAGUCAGCCCACGGAAAUAGUUCAAGAGACCCUAUCUCAAAGAAUCCUUUCACAAAACAAAGAGCUGUUGGAAUGGCUCAAGUUGUAGGCCCUGAGUUCAAACCCCAGUAGUGCACUCACACACAAAAAAAAUUGACCCUUGGACAACUACUAGGGAGGUACCAGAGGGAUAGUGUAAGAAUGUACAAGGGCCAUAACUUCCCAAUAUUGUCCUCCCUAGCCUUUAUUUCCAAAAAUAAAGUGGUGGGGCUACUCUCCAUUCACAUGGACUGCCCCAGCCUCUCCUAACCUCACUGAGGAUCCCACAUGUGCUGCUCAGCUCCUUCCAGCUCUGCCUUGCUCCAAAUCUAUCUUCUUUCUGCCUUGUACAAUGGGCAUCCAUAGCUACAUGACUGCCAGUGGCCAUUUGCAGAGGAUGCAAGAGUUCCUUCACUCCAUGCUCAAAAACAGUUAUUUAAUAAAUCAUGUUUAGAAUGUAAGUGUUAAACACAUUUCUGAGUAGAAGAAAAUCGGAAUAAAUAAGAAUAAUCCAUCUACUGACCACAAGAAAAUGCUGGCAUUCUAGUAAUAUGAGAUGAAGAAUGGUGCCAGCCACAAAUGGAUGAACAGCCCCAGGUCUCCUGGAGAAGCAGUGUGCCUGGAAAGCAGCUCAGUGGGUUUUGCUAGUUAGGGUUCCAAGCUGUGAGUGAGUAAUUUCAAAGUAGGCACUCUACUGCUUGAGCCACACCUCCAGUCCACCUGUCAAUUCCUCAUCUGGCUGAUGAGCUAGCUAAUUCUGGGCAAGAGACCCUAUUCUCUUGAUGCUGCCCAAAUUUCCUUCCUGAAAAUGAAAGCCAGUGUUUCUCCUUGUGUGGUGACAAGUGAGCCAAAAAAAUAUUUACUGAAUUUAAAGCACAAGACUAAAUAGUAAUCAUAACAGGAAGCAGCAACAACUACCACUUACAAUCAGCUUACUGGUGCCAGGCGCUGAGUUAGGCAUUUCACAGUCUUUCAUCAUUUAGCCCUACAAUCGUGGAAGCAUAAAUUUUUUGGGUUUAUGUUGUUGUUAUUGUUUGUUUUUAUUUUUAUCAUCAUUUGAUAUAUAAGGAAGUAAGGUUCAAAGAAUGUAGAUAACCUACCCAGGUGCCCAAGGCCACACAUCCAAACUAAGGAGUUAGGUUUUUAUACCAGGACCAUAAGACUCCAAAGCCACUUAACCAUUACACUGCCCUGCUUUAGAGUACAGGGUUAUGAAGAAGUACAAACCAUGCUGCAAGCAAAAAUAAUAGUUGUAAGAAAAAAAUGGUGGUCAGUUAGACAAUCAUAAUACUGAUGAAGAGGAUAAUGGCCGUUACUUUUUGUUGCGCACCCAACUACAGGCCAGGUACAA